AAAUUCGGAACUAGAAUGAAUUUAGAGCAGCGUCACCGUCUCCAUUGCCGUUAAGCAGCCUUACCUGCAUUCACCGAAGAGACGUCGGAAAUGGAGAAAGGAAUGGCCAUGGGGCUUCAGGGAUCAUCUGAAUCAAGUUUUAGUCCCUCAUCAAAUAAUCUAUCAAGAAGUAGGGAACAACAGAGAUUGAUUGAGUUAUUUGAAUCUUUGGGAACUCGGAAUAUAGAGCGCGGAUCAGCUACGAAAGUCACUACUGCUACAAGGAAAGAACCUAUGGAUAAAUGGUUGGCUUUGGAAGGAGAAGCUUCCAACAAUUCUGAGGUCAUAAAGUUUGAUGAUGACUCCUCCGAAAUCUUGAAUGGGGGUGGCACUGCAGGGGAAGAUUCAAAUGGACAGUCCUCGAUCAAACCUAGUAUAGGCUGUAUAGCUGAAAGGACAGCAGAAUGGGGUAUUGCAGUGAAGUCGGAUGCUGGAGAACGUAGUUUCAGAGUGAUUGGUAGAGGAAUGGCAACCGGAGAAGGAAGUCGGAACAGAACCUCAUUAGACAUAUUUGCAAAUGACUCAACAAGGACAUCGGAGGAACCAAAUUAUGGAUUGGAUGGAGGAGCCUUUCCGAGGGUGUCACAAGAGCUGAAGGAUGCUUUAGAAACCCUGCAACACACUUUUGUUGUAUCUGAUGCCACUAAACCGGAUUGCCCUAUAAUGUACGCCAGCAGCGGAUUUUUUGCAAUGACAGGUUAUUCAUCGGAGGAGACCAUAGGAAGAAACUGCCGGUUUCUACAAGGACGAGAAACAGACAGGAAAGAGGUUGCCAAGAUUAAAGAUGCAGUUAAAAAUGGAAAAAGCUUUUGUGGCAGGCUACUCAACUACAAAAAAGAUGGAAGUCCUUUCUUGAAUCUUCUCACUAUCAAUCCCAUCAAAGAUGAUCAAGGAAAAACGAUCAAAUUCAUAGGAAUGCAGGUGGAGGUCAGCAAAUACACAGAAGGUGUCAAUGAAAAGGCACUGAGGCCUAACGGACAGUCCCAAUCAUUAAUCCGUUAUGACGCUCGACAGAAGGUUAAGGCUUUAGGUGACAUCACAGAGGUUGUUUGUACUCUGAAACAUCCUCAAACUCACAUUCAAACAAUAAGUAAUGAGGCCCUUAACAAGCUUGAAGAUCAGGAGAAGUUCAACCUCGAUUACCUUCUGACUAAAUCUGGCGAAACCGGAAGCAUUAGUACCCCUGGAAGAUAUACUCCCCGUUCAGACAUCAGUACUACUCCAGGACAUGAAAUUGGCAAGAAAAAUAGAAAAUCAACACGCAUUUCGUUGAAGGGGUUUAAAGGCAGGUCUUUCAGCUUUGCAGCCAAGCAUGAAAAACAACCAGUGCUUGAACCAGAGGAGUUAAUGACCAAAGACAUAGAACGCGUUGACAGCUUGGAAGAUGGUGAAAGAGAAAUGAACAUACGCCAAGGGAUGGAUCUAGGAACCACAUUGGAACGUAUUGAAAAGAAUUUUGUGAUUACAGAUCCUAGACUCCCUGAUAAUCCCAUAAUAUUUGUAUCUGACAGUUUUUUAGAAUUGACAGAAUAUACACGCGAGGAAAUCUUGGGAAGGAACUGUAGGUUCCUUCAAGGUCCAGAAACCGAUCAAGAAACUGUGUCGAAUAGAAGAGAUGCAAUUAAAGAACAGACGGAAAUAACUGUUCAGUUGAUCAACUACACAAAAAAUGGCAAGAAAUUCUGGAAUUUGUUUCACUUGCAACCUAUGCGUGACCAAAAGGGUGAGCUUCAAUAUUUCAUUGGUGUCCAACUUGAUGGAAGUGAUCAUAUUGAACCCCUAAGAAGUCGCCUUUUCGAGACAACAAAACAACAAAGUGCUAAGUUGGUCAAAGCUACAGCAGGAAAUGUUGAUGAAGCAGUUCGAGAACUUCCUGAUGCCAAUUUGGUAAGGUAUUCUUUAUUUCCCUUAGAAUGA